UGUCUAGGAUUACUGGGAAUUGUCAAUUCAACUAUAGAAUAACUCUAAUAUGUUCAAGAUUGAUCCCUGGUUCAGUAGAAUGUGUUUACAGAAAUAAAUGUGGAACAUCUAUGGAGAGAGAUUGUCAGCUCUCAUAUUAAAUUCUCAGGUUUUUAGGGCAAAAUAUAUCUAUCGGAAAGAGAAAUAAUGAACUUGAAGAGCUGAUGCCCCGAGGAGCAGUCACAAAGAAUUAUAUCCUUCUAUAAGACAGGACACAGGCAAAAGAUAAGUACCUGGCAGUUGGCACACACUGCUACAUGUGCCUAUCAAUAAAACAGAUUAUUUUCACUGGUUAUUACAUUGGAGAUCUGGGGGGCUCUAGAUUGCACCUUUAAUGAGAAGGAAUGAUUCCUUCCCACACUCUUCACAACUACUUGAACCCCCACUUUAGUGGAUGACAACUUUGGCUUUAUCAGUGGAAGGAGGUGCACCACCUGGUUAACAUAGUUCCUCUGCAGGAGGGCUGCAGUCAACAUUGGAUUCUAAAAAGCAAAAGGUGUACAAAUCCAUUUUUAGGGAGAAGGCAGAAGAUUACAGCUGCGUGAAAGAUGAGGGCUCUGGUGCUGGUUCUGGGUCUGGUUUGUUUUGUGACAAGGCCCGAUUCUACGGAGGCUCAGUUUCCUCGAGUCUGCAGCACAGUGGAGGGGAUCGUCUCAAAGCAGUGCUGCCCUGCUCUCGGCUCUGAUCCUGCUAAUGUGUGUGGAACUUUAUCUGGACGAGGAAACUGCUCCGACAUCAGAGUCAGUACCAAACCCUGGGGCGGACCAUAUCGAAUGAGAAACCAAGAUGACCGUGAAAGGUGGCCAACAAAAUUUUUUAAUCAAACUUGCAGGUGCUUCGGUAACUUUGGUGGCUUCGACUGUGGCCAGUGUAAGUUUGGCUGGACAGGACCAAACUGUGACGUACGUAAAGCCCCGGUGGUGAGGAAGAACAUCCACUCUCUGACUCCAGCUGAGCUUCAGGAGUUUCUGGAUGUGUUGGACCGGGCCAAGAACACCACCCACCCAGUCUAUGUCAUCGCCACACAGCACUGGCUGGGCCUGCUGGGGCCUAAUGGAACCCAGCCCCAGUUCUCCAAUAUUUCCAUCUACGACUUCUUUACAUGGCAGCAUUACUACUCUGUCAGAGAAACGCUGCUUGGACCUGGACGUCUUUUCAAACAGAUUGAUUUCUCCCACAAAGGACCUGCCUUUAUAACCUGGCACAGGUACCACCUACUCAGUCUGGAGAGAGACCUGCAGAGACUGACUGGCAAUGAGAACUUUGCUGUUCCAUACUGGAACUUUGCCACAGGGCAGACUGAGUGUGACGUCUGCACAGAUUCUCUCCUGGGGGGACGCAACCCAGACAACCCCUCCCUCAUCAGUAACCAGUCCAGGUUCUCCAAUUGGGGAGUGGUGUGUAACAGCAUGGAUGAAUAUAACCGCCUGGUCACUUUGUGUAAUGGGACCAGUGAGGGACAUAUAAGGAGAGGACAGGUAGGGAGGAGCAACAUGAGUCUUCCCACAAUGAAUGACGUCAGGAGCUGUCUCAGACUCAGAGACUUUGACAGUUCUCCCUACUACACUAACUCUACCUUCAGCUUCAGGAAUUCUCUUGAAGGCUAUGACAAGCCAGAUGGCGAGGCAGAGCUUGACUCGUCAGUGAACAACCUGCACAACCUGGUCCACUCCUUCCUCAAUGGAACCAGUGCUCUGUCUCACUCUGCAGCCAAUGACCCCAUCUUUCUAGUUCUCCAUGCUUUCACUGAUGCCAUUUUUGAUGAGUGGAUGAGGAAGUCUGCUCCCCCAAACUCCAGUUUCCCCGAUGAGAUGGCCCCCAUUGGUCACAACAGAGAUUACAACAUGGUGCCAUUCUUCCCUCCUGUGACCAAUGAAGAGAUUUACGUUGCGUCUGACCAGCUGGGAUAUUCUUAUGCCAUUGCACUGGAUGAGAAUGACGGUAAUCCUGUAUUUGUCGUGAGAGCUACUUUGACAGGCGUUUUCGUGGGCCUACUGGCUGUGCUCAUGGUAGUCGUGGUUUAUAUGCUGCACAGGCGAAGAAAGCAUAGCUUUGAACCCUUAAUACAAUACAAUAGGAAGUACAUAGACAACUCUUGAACUUUUCUUGAGCUAAAGUCUAACAGUAACUGAAUGAAAGCCUACGGUUUAUCUGAUUAAGCUUGUAUGCAAUGUUCAUAUUAACGUAAUACACAGUCAUGGGAUCAAUUGAAACAUACUGUAACUCAAGAUAAGUACUUAUUUCAUCAACGUAAAAUCCUGAGGGUAGAAUGUUUGAGACCUGUAAUAUUUAUAUUCAGCCAAUCAGAACAACACAAGGAAUGAACCCAUACAGAAUAAUGAACACUUACUGAAUAUUUAUUCAUUUAUUGAGAGCCCAUUUUCAGUUCCUGUUCUGUAAAUGUUUGAUUCUAUGGUCUUGGACAAAAAUGUAGUUUACGAGAAUAAAUAUUUGUACACCCUUUGA